AGGAGAAGCAGAGAACAGAGUAGCCGGUCAGGAGAGGCUCAGAGGCAGCUUGUACUUUACAGAACCUUAGGGCCCUUUAGGGUGGAAGGUGGGUGGGAGGUGGUUUUAAGGGUAGUCCUCCAGAGUUUGCGGCCCAAAGCCCACACACAUGUGGCUUCCAGGAAGCUGAUGGCUAAAUGAGGGGUGGGGACACUGUCCAGCUCUCCACACUUCAGGCUUUUCCAACCUUUCUGUCUGUGGGUUAAUCUGUGACUCAGGGAAGGAAGGAAAGACAAAUAUUCCCCUGCGGCUGGGAGGAGGCCACGCCUGUUUUUCCUGGUUAAGGUUUCUCAGGGCCCUCAGAGAAUCCCACAGGAUCUGGGUAAACAGGUUGGGUCUCUGAGACUCGGCCAGCUACUCCCUGUCCCUGGUGGAGAGACCCAGGCCUCUCUGCUGUGGCCUGAAAUUGUGUUAUCGGCAUUCAGCCUAUUUGGGACCAGCUGGCAAAGAAGGGCUGAUGUCACAGGGAUGUGUCACCAUGUCCGGCUUAUUCAAUCUGGUUUCUGGGGGCCAGGAUGAUGAACCAUACCACCAACAAUGAUUAUGAUUACGAGUACGAUCAGGAAAAUUACAUUGACCUUCCGGACGUCCCUGUAGACUGCCCGGCCGGCCACUGCUCCUUUAGUGAUGUCUACUUCAUAAGCCUGCUUCUGCUGUACGCAGCCAUCUUCCUGGUGGGUGUCCCAGGCAACAGCCUGGUGGCCUGGGUGACCUGGAAAGAGAGCCGCCACAGGCUUGGGGCCUCCUGGUUCCUGCACCUGGCUGUGGCUGACUUGCUUUGCUGCGGGUCUCUGCCCUUCCUGGCUGUGCCCAUUGCUCAAAAGGGCCACUGGCCAUACGGGGCAGCAGGCUGCUGGCUGCUCUCCUCAGUCACCAUGCUGUCUAUGUAUGCCAGUGUGCUGCUCCUGACCUGCCUCAGCGCCGACCUCUUCCUCCUGGCUUUCAGGCCCUCCUGGAAGACGGAUCACCGGACACUCGGGGUGCGGGUGGCCCAGGUCUCCUCCUGGAUGCUGGCCCUGGUGCUGACUGUGCCUUCUGCUGUCUACCGCAGACUGCUCCAGGAGCACUUCCCUUCCCGGCUCGUGUGUGUCACAAACUAUGAGGGAUCAGCCACGGCCGAAGCCACCAUCACCGCUGUCCGGUUUCUCUUUGGCUUCCUGGGACCACUGGUGUUCAUGGCGAGUUGCCAUGGCAUCCUCCAGCGGCAAAUGAACCGACGCCACUGGCCACUCAGCAUAGCUGUAGUGGUGGGGUUUUUCAUUUGCUGGACCCCUUUCCACAUCCUGAGGGUCAUAAUCACGGUGGCCAUGCCAUCCUCCUCACUCCUUGCCCGGGCCCUGGAUGCUGAGCCUCUGGUUACGGGCCUGGCCCUUGCUCACAGUGCUCUCAAUCCCAUCAUGUUUUUGUAUUUUGGAAGAAAACAACUCUGCAAGUCACUCCAGGCUGCAUGUCACUGGGCCCUGAGGGACCCACAGGACGAGGAAAGUGUGGUGAGCAAGGCAUCCACCAGCCAUGAAGUGGUGUCUGAGGUGCCAGUGUAGGCAAGCGGGAUUUGAAUUUCCUCGGCCGUGUUACAAUUGUGUAAGCUUCAGGCAGAGCUGGAUCCAGGAGCUCAGUGAUGGCUUUUUCUUCAUUUAAUAAACAUUCAUUGUGCACUUGUGUGUGCAAAGCCCUGAUAUCCAUGUAAAUGCUGGGGGUGACAGAGGACCGAACCAAUUCCUACCCCCAGGAGUUAGCAUUUUGCGAGGAAGACAGAUAGGAAGCAGCUGAAGAGAUACGGGCGAUGUUAAGGGUGAGACGCUCGUAGAACCUAAAGAGGGUGCUGGGGAGAUUGCUCAAGUGCCUGCUAUCCAAACAAGAAGACUGAAGGGUGAACCCCACCUCCAGCGCGAGAGCUGGGGACGGCAGCACACCUGGACCCCAGCACUGAGGGGACAGGAGGAUCCUGGGGUCCUCCAGAUGGCCGGUCCCGCCCAGUCAGCAACCCCCACCAAGAGACCCUGUCUCAAGAAAUACAGUGGAGCUGGACACAGUGGUGGGCCCUUUAUUUACAGCAUUUGAGAGGCAGAGUCAGGUGGAUGCCUGUGAGUUGUAGGCUAUGCUGAUCACAGUGAGAUCCAGAACACUGGAUGAAGUUAUCCAGCCUUGACCUUAGGCCUACACACACACACACACACACACACACACACACACACACACACGAGUCAGCCAGACUAGCACCCUGAGAAAACGUAAUGACUGGGCCAAAACCGGAAUCCUGGAGAGAGGAUCCAUGCUUAAAUCUGGGGAACUCUGACUUGCCUCCCUCCCGGAAACAGAGGCACAUCCUUUCUCUCAAUCUCUUCAACACACAUGCCCGGAUAAACUCUAAGUUCCCCAAAGGUGAGAGCUGUGCUCACGCCACCUUUUAAAUUUUGUAUUACAUUGAAUUAUCCAUCGCCUGUGUUAGGAAGCGUGGGGGGAGGGCUGUGUGUAGCUAGAGGGCAACCCCAUCCAUCCAUGGGUCCUGGGGCUUGAACUCAGGCUGUCAGGCUUGGCUGCAAGCACCUUUAUCUGAUGAACCAUUUCACCAGCCCUGAACCCCCCCCCCCCCAACUCUGGCUGAGAAAGCGCUGUCUACGGUGCUGGUCUGUGGGCUUGUGGAUGUUGCUGACGGCUUUUCUUGUCUUUUGUUCGUAAGAAUCUUUAGACAGUUUUAUUUGCACACCUCACGCAGGCAUGUACACUGAGUGACCCCACCAUCACCCCCAGGGUUGCAGGAUUUUGAGCACCUCUGGUGUGUUGUGUCCAGCCAACUCUAAAGGGUUUGCCUUUAGUUAUCUUCCUUGAUUUUUUAAUUUUUUUUUUUUUGAGAUAGGGUCUCCCAUAGCCCAGAAUGUCUUUGAACUCACUAUGCAGCUAAGGAUGACCUUCAGCAUUCUCCAAGUGCUCGGGCUACAGUCCUGCGUUCCCAUGCCUGGUUUAUGUGGUGCUGGGGCUCAAACCCAGGUCUUCAUGCAUGCCAGGCGAGUGCUCUGUCAAUGAGCCACAUCCUGGGUCUCGGUUCUCACCAGGGGAUUCUAGGCAGAUGUCCUUGUACUGAGCGCCAGCCCCCCCACCCCCUUGAACAAUGUACACACCUGUCUGUCUGAAAAGUUCAAAGAAUUUUUGGUUAAUUUACUGGGACAAAAGAGCCUUUUCAGAAGGCAUUAAAAUUUUUUUAAACUACGUUUUGAGAGUUUCCAUUUAAUUUUUUGGCCUUAAAAAAUGAAGAAAUUUCAUGAGAGCUUUUAAAUGUAUUUCUGUGCAAUUAUACAUAAAAUCUGUUGAUGUUAAAAUUAC